AUGGUAAAUCUAACAACACCAACCAAUCACAGCGCAGGAUCUCUGAACAUCCACCGCCCGGUCACCGUGUUUAGCGUCUUGACUUAUACUCUCUUGGUCAUGUUGGUGGUGGCCACGUUCAUCUGGAACAUGCUGGUCCUGGUUACCAUCCUCAGGGUUCGGACGUUCCACCGUGUGCCCCAUAACCUGGUGGCUUCCAUGGCUAUAUCCGACGUGAUGGUGGCCGCCCUGGUGAUGCCCCUCAGCCUGGUUCACGAGCUGAAUGGUCGGCGCUGGAAAUUGGGCCGGGUCCUUUGCCAGGUCUGGAUCUCUUUCGACGUCCUCUGCUGCACGGCCAGCAUUUGGAACGUGACCGCAAUCGCUCUCGACCGCUACUGGUCCAUCACGCGCCACCUGGAGUACACGCUGAAGACACGCAAGAGGAUCUCCAAUGCCAUGAUAGCGCUAAUCUGGCUGCUUUCCUCGGUCAUCUCGCUCUCGCCUCUUUUCGGAUGGGGGGAGACGUAUUCUGAGGAGGAUAUGGAAUGCCAGGUGAGCCAGGAACCGUCCUACACCAUUUUCUCCACUUUUGGGGCGUUCUAUCUGCCCCUCUGUGUAGUGCUGUUUGUCUACUGGAAGAUCUACAAGGCCGCAAAGUUUCGCAUGGGCUCUAAGAAGACGAACACCAUCACUCCAGCGGCAGAGGCUGUGGAGGUUAAAGAGGCCACACAAGAGCGACCCCAGACCGUUUUCACCGCGCGUCACGCCACCGUGACGUUCCAGACGGACGGCGAAACGUGGCGGGAGCAGAAGGAAAAACGGGCGGCCCUGAUGGUGGGGAUCCUCAUCGGCGUGUUCGUCCUCUGCUGGAUCCCGUUUUUCCUGACCGAGCUCAUCACGCCGCUGUGCUCCUGCGACAUCCCGCCCGUCUGGAAGAGCGUUUUCCUCUGGCUCGGCUACACCAACUCUUUCUUCAACCCCCUUAUCUACACCGCCUUCAACAAAAACUACAACAAUGCCUUCCGGAACCUCUUCUCCAAACAGCGCUGA